GUCCCCUCUCGGCCCAGCCUGCUCCAAGAAAAGGGAAGCGAGGGCUGCGACCCGAGUGCGAUUGUUUCUCCCCCUUUCCCCUCAGCGCCGCCGGUCGCCGCCGCCACCCUCACCGCCCGCGACGAGACAUGCCCGCCGGCCGGAAGCGCCCAGCUCCAUCCCCGUUCGCCGGCUUCUCAACGUUCGCCCGCUCCCUCCUCUUCUCCCCCGCCUCCGGCUUCUCAAGGCUGCCGCUCACCAAUGCCGGCCCCGCCGCCAAACCCCAUCAAGAGACCGCCGCCAUGCCGCCGCCCCCGCCCAAGCGCGCGAAGCAGGCCGAGCCCUCCAGCGACGACGAGCGCCCCAGCAGCGACGCCGACCAGGAGCUCUCGGGAAGCGACGGCGACGGGGACAGCGACAGCUCUCUGGAGUGCUCGAGCAGCGACGACGGAGAAGACGCGUCCCAGGAGAUGGAGACGGUGCAGGCCGACUUCGCCUUCUUCGACCCCAAGCCCACCGACUUCCACGGCGUCAGGCUGCUGCUCAAGACCUACCUCGACUCCAAGCCCUGGGACCUCACCGGCUUCGUCGACCUCGUCCUCGAGCAGACCACCGUCGGCACCGUCGUCAAGAUGGCCGAGGACGAGGAUGACGACGAGGGUGAAGAAGCAAAUGGGGGUGACAAGAGCGACGACGAUGAGGACCUGUUCGGUCUCAUUACCGUGCUCAAUUUGGGAAGAUACGGGGAGAACCGUUGCAUCAAGGAUCUUAAGGAGUAUCUGCUUGCUGUUUGCGGCGACAAGGACACCAAGAAGAAGCUCAAGUCGCUGCUGGAAGACAAGGCAUCCACUGUCGGCCUGCUCGUGUGCCGGCGCUUUGUGAAUUUCCCGUAUGAAAUGGUGCCUAAGAUGUAUGAUUCGCUCUUUGAUGAGGUUGCCUGGGCGACAGAGGAUGAGCCAACACCAGAACUCCAGGACUCCUUCCGAUUCAAGCAGUACCUGCUGCUUGUAAGAAUCUUGGAGAGAAAAACUCCUCCAAAGCAGAAAGCAAAGAAUAAUAAAGAUGAGGGUGAACCUGUUAUCUACCCGAAGUUGGAGGACGAAAUUUUCCGUGAGCUUAGUUCGUGGUCUUUUACCUUCCCAAUUCGCGCAGAACAGUCAGCUCAGCAGGAGCUGAAGAACUACAAGGAGAUGGGCUUGGUGAUGUGCCUUAAAGCCGAAGCGAUUCCAAAGUUCCGCAAGAAGCUGGAGGCCUUGGUAUGUGAAUAGCAGGUCUCUUUGCUCAUAGGCGCAAAUGUGCAAUCGCCACUCCCGACGCGCGACGAGGUUGAUCUGUACUAGUAAAAGGAAUGAUUUAUGGACUAGUCCAUCUUUUUUCAUGUAGUGCUAGAGGAUGUUCUUUCAUGGAGGGGUCCAUUGGUUGGCUCAAGACAUGAUUUGCCUUUUGAGCAUUGCAUAAUCUGCCCCUAAA